CAUUGUACAAAUAGACACAAGCCAAAUGAAGACUUUAGCCCUUUGGUUUGAAUGUCAGCACAUGAUUUCGUUACUUUUCCAAGAUAUUUGUUAUUUUAAAAAACUGUUGUAGGAUUUUAACCAUUUUCUGUUUGUGAUGGAGGAAAAAUGAACACUGGAACAGCUGAUGCAAGAACGUCUCGGAACCUCACACCUGCUAUAAAACUACCAUGGACAAUUCAACUAAAAUACUGUUUGUUCUACAAGGACUGAAUGAGACGAUGUCAAGCAAACACAAAUAUUUUGUCGUCACAUUUCUUGCUUACCUUUUUACAAUUUCAGUGAACCUGACUUUGAUUGCGACAAUUAUUUUGGAGAAAACGCUCCACGAGCCCAUGCUUAUAUUUCUCUGUAACUUGUGUGUAAAUGGGAUAUUUGGUGCCUCUGCAUUUUAUCCUAAAAUAUUGGUGGACCUUUCAUCUGACUUAAGUGUUAUUUCAUAUGAAGCUUGUCUGGCCCAAAUAUUUGUAAUAUACAGCUACGUAUUCUGUGAGUUCGCUACGCUAGCAGUGAUGGCUUAUGACAGGUAUAUCGCGAUAUGCAAGCCGCUCAAUUACCACUCCAUCAUCACGCCUCAGAAGGUUGUGAAAUUACUACUUUAUACCUGGUUUGUAUGCAUUUGUGAAUCACUAUCAUUGGUGGCCCUGACAGCCAGACUACCCCUCUGUCGAUUCAACAUCGAAAAAAUUUACUGCACAGUUUGGGCCGUGGUGAAGCUGUCAUGCGUGGAUACCACUAUCAACAACGUGUAUGGGACAUUUCUCAUGUUUUUUCACAUUUCACAAGCAGUGCUGAUUUUUAUUUCCUACAUCAAUAUCAUAAAAGUCUCUGUGCGAUCACCGGAAGAUCGGAGUAAGUUCAUGCAGACCUGUUUGCCCCAUUUAAUCACACUGACCAGCUUCUUGAUCGCAUUCUUUUUUGACAUUUUGUACGCUCGCUAUGGUCCCACCACUCAUCUGCACGCUCUCCGCAGUUUCAUGUCCCUGGAGUACCUCCUUGUUCCGCCGAUCCUGAAUCCCCUCAUUUAUGGCCUGAGGCUGAACCAGGUCCGCCGGAGAAUUUUUAGAAUUUGCAGCCAGAAAACACAUGCUCUAAAGUGAAUAUUGUGUCUAAUUUGCUGUCCAAGCAGGAAAUGGUUUUUUUUUUUAAAUCUGUGAUUGAUUGAAUUUUACAUUUGGAGCUGAUAAAUAGCCGUUUGAAUUGUCAUCAGUCGAGUCGUCUAAUUUACUACCUAAAUCUUCAUUAAGAUGGAUUCAUUUUUCUUGUAAAGUGAUUUUGUUUGCAAACCCUGUAUUGCCUACUUUAAUUCUCUUGCACACAUGCAGGUAGGUCUACUGUAGGUGCUUGGCACACAGUAGCGUACACAAGUUCAGUCUCAGUGUUCUCACAGUGAAACUGCUUCAUAGUUAAAAACCAACCCCUGUGGUGUGUCUGGUCUUCAAAGCACAGAUAUAUUGCUUUUGUGCACGCCUUCCAAGAGCAUGGAUAUGCAACUGAUUUCAAUUAGGAAAUAUUUGAUAACAUAUUAGAAAAUAGAUAAACGGAAAGUGGAAGAAUUCUUUCCAGUAAUUCUUCAAAAGAUCAACACCAGAGAAAGAAAUCUGAAAAUUAUGAACUACAUGUAAACAACUGUUCUAUCUGUUGUGAAAAGACAUACACAAGUUUCUAGAAGAAAAUAAUUAAUUUUUAAACCUUAAAAUUUAAGACCUCAUAUGGACAUAGACAUCAUUGCAAAAAAUGAAAAAAACUCCAUUAGCAACAAGAAAAAAUUAUGAUCAAAUUCAGCCUUGUCCCACAUUUCUUUUUUGCGAAUGCAACAUGUUCCACACAAACACGAAUCAACCUGUGCAGAUAAAAAAUCAAAUAAUGCACAUAACAAAUCACUGACACACUUUAAAAAGUAACAGAUUAAACCACGCAGUUAAAGACUAAUAGGAAGCAUAACGACCUACAACAUAUUAAAUCACAGAAUGGGACUAAUUUUGCAAGGAACACUAUUUGAUUGGGUUUGUCCUAUUAUAACACACACACACACGAACAAACACACACACACACACACACAAACACAUGCGCACAUGCACACUCGCGCACACAGAUUUUAGUCGAUUAAAUACACCGAUGUGAUCUGAGUUAAUCCAAAUAUUAGAUCUUGGGUUUUGUGCAAGGGUGUUAUUUUUAAUUUUAAAACAUGCGGACUGCAUUGGUGAUGCAUCCAUGCACAAUUCAUACCCUACUGUGAAAGCACAGAAAGAGAAAUAACAGAAAACACAAUACUAGGGGUGGAGAGAGAUGC